CCAAAAUAUUGCCCUUCCCAAAGCUCCCCUUCCAGUAGCUCCAGGUUUCCCACCAGUUCCUCUUUGAUGGAUUUAUCAUCUUUUGUUUUAUACAACCAUGACCUCACACUGUCAUAGAUCUGCACAAUUCCACCAAAUUCCCUUCUAAUCAAAUAAAAAGAGCUUGAGAAUACAUUUUCUUCCUCAAUUUUCAUCUUAACCAAACAUUAGAAUUUUGAGUUUCUUUUCUUUUUCUUAUCAUUUUCCUUUCUUCUUCAAUUCCUUGAACCAAACAUAGUAUUAGUGAAAAAAUUAUGUAAAUUCAAAGAUUUUUGUAAAAGGAUUUGAAGUUUGGUUAAGACUGUCCAUUUUCUCAAACGACAACAAUAUCAAGGGACCUUACUCCGGCCGUCCCCGUCAUCGUCUCCGACCUCUUAUCGGUUCUACCUCCCCCACGCGGUGUGUCCGCCUCCCGAUCUCUUCCCCGGUGCAUAAAAAACAAGCAGUUCGAUUAUUCUCAAGCUUCCCGUUUGAAUUCGAUGAUGUGAGAAUUGAAAUGAAAAAAUGCGGAGUGUAUAAAAUGGAUGUGAAAAGGCGGUUGCCACAAUGGAUGCAUUGUAUGCCUGUCGCGGAUCAUGAAAAGAAGAAAUCCAGAACCCAAGAUUCCAGUAAUGGUGAAGAAGAAGAUGAAGCUGAGGUUAAGAAGAAUUUCAAACCGGAAGACGCAAAUGAUGGCCGGGUGAAGAAGAAACCAAGAAUUAAAGAUUCAACCAAUGGGGGUGAAAAUGCAGAGGAUGGGUUGAAGAAAAAACCCAAAACUAGGCACGCAAAGUACGGCGAAAAUAUCGAUAGAAAAGCAGUGAAGAAGGAAAUCAAAAGAGAAGAUGUGAAAACAGAAAAGCUGGAGAAAGACAAGUUCAGAACGCAGAAAAGCAGGGAUGAUGAGAAGGAUUUGAAGCAGGAAGUAGAUGAAGGAACACAGAAAAGCUGGCGAAAGACAAGUUUAGAAGAUUACAAUGAUUACUUAGAGACAAAAAAUAUUGAUGAAGCCGAGCCUCCUCCUGUUAGAAUACACGGAGCAAAAGCAAAGCACUCUGUGAUUGAGAUCACUGAUAAAAAUAAAUGUUUGCCACAAACACAAGAUGAUGAGUAUUCCAGUGAAGAUGAAGAUCUUACUGCUGAUGAUUUGUUGACCAUCGCUAGAGAGUUAACCGGGAAUGAAGAAGAUGCAUGUGAGGCUCUUCCUCAUAAGCCGAAAACCAUUCCGUGUCUUCUUGGUAAAGAUAUGAUUGACUUGCUUUUGCCCCCUCCAUCGUCAAAGAUUACUCGAUGAGAGGAAGACGUUAGAGAUAACACUGAGUUCACUAAUGACCUUAAAACGUCCCAAGGAAGUGUUUGUUUCAAGGACCAUCCAGCUCUUCUCUCAAAGAGGAAAAGAAAAAAAGAGAGAGGCAGUCUCAAAGACAGUGAUGUACUAACUGUUUUUCUUCUGGUCAUGUAGUUUUCAUAUACUAAAGUUUGGUUAACCAUAGGAAUAAGCUUCAUCUCUAGCUUAUAAGGCCAUGUUCGGGAGUUGGGUUUCUGGUGUUUUGGUGUGUUUUGGCCGGUUUGGAAGGGGACGCAUUCUUGUUUUUAUUUGUCCGAAAUUAGUUCGCUAUUCGCAUUCAAUUAAGAAAGUAAAAUUUGUGCU